GCAGAGGAGCCGGCAGCCAACAGCACACCCGCAGCCGGUGCCGGUGCCGCCAUGAGGGCUGUGCUCUGGGACCUGCUGCUGCUCUGCCUCUUCGCCCGGGCGCGGGGGGACUGCCGGGGGGACUGUCUGCGCUGCGACCGCCACCUCUACCGCGACAGCUUCGACGUCCUCAUCUGCAUCCUGGAGUGUGAAGGUGAAGCCGUGCCACGGGCCACCUGGGAGCUGUGUGCCGCCGCCACCGGCCGAGCCGCCCCACGGCCCCGCGACCUCCAGGCCGCCGGCGACCCCUGGCCCGGCGCGGUGCCACCCAACCCGUGGCAGGUGGCCGAGCUGCUGCGGGGCCGGGACACCCAGGAGGAGGAAGGCGCGGAAGCGGCACCGGGCUCCUUCCCGCAGCCACCCGAGGACAUUUCCCGACGAGUUGGCGGUUUCUCCCGGGGGACGCGCGGCUCGAGGCCGGCACCGACGGCCAGGGGGGUGCAGAAGCGAUACGGGGGCUUCAUCGGGGUCCGCAAGUCAGCGAGGAAGUGGAACAACCAGAAGAGGUUUAGCGAGUUCCUGAAGCAGUACCUGGGCAUGUCGCCCCGUUCCAGUGAGUACGACCUUGGCGGCGGCAUCAGCGAGCACAACGAGAUCUAACGGAGAGCCGCGCCGCCCGGCCAGGUCCGCCAUGGCCAAAAAAGUCAACCCUCUGCCCCUCCACACCGCAUGUCCAUAGGUGCAGAUUAAAAAAAAAAAAAAGGGGGGGGGAAUAAUAAUAAUAAUAAUAAUUAAAAGAAAGAAUGAUAAUAAAAAUAAAACAUUGGGAAAUGG